UUUUAACGAGGAGAGGAGGGUGAUCCAGUUGUUGUUUUUUUUCCUUUUCUCUCAACCCCAGUAUUUCAAUUGAGCCACGGUCUCUAAUAUGGAAAAUGGGUCCGUGAGAUACUGCAUUUCACGCAUCUUCACCACAAAGUUUCGACAGGCUCAUGAUCAUCCUGUUUUCUAAGCUUUUAAUAAGUGCCUGGUCAUUUCCAUCUUAUCUCCUAUUUCUCCUAUUCUUAUAUUUUGCGUUCAUCAGAGUUGAAUCAAGCAAUGAAUCAAGCAGUGCAUCAAGAGAAUUUUAUCCUGGAUAUUUCCCUAUUUGACGAACAUCUAACUGCACGGGUUUAUGAUGCACACAAAGCAAUGAACUGGCACAUAAUUAUGACUACUAGGUAUUUAUUCUAGCAGUACUUGACAAGACCAUUAGCACCGAGCCUCUCAGAGUCUUAUUAGUACUAGGUAGAUAGUAUAGUGCACCAGUGCCCCGACAAAGCUUGGCGCGGCCUAGUAACAGCUUUUUAGCUUCAACCCUCCCCGCAAUCUUCCUAGCAAAGUACCCAGUACAUCAGUCCCCUGUCUUUUCUACCUGUCGUACCUCGCUUUUCCUUCGAGAAUCUUUUACCUUUUUACCAGGUACUGUACGAUACUUCCACCCUUUCUCUUAGCUUGGUUGCAGCUUCCACAGUAACUCAGUAAGUGAUCACACCCCCAUCUUCCUCUUCCUCGUUGCGACAGGGGCAUGACUGCUGUUCUUAACCCUUAACAUUUCAACCUCCCCUCUGAGCUCUAUCUUUCUUACCUACUCACGAGUCACCACUCACCGAUACCAAUCAUCUCACAUACUUCUAAUCCCGGCCAUCCUUUGCGUUACGAAUUACCACGAACGCCACGUCUACUCCAAUUUUACAUUUCUCUUCCAUCAGCGUGAGACUUGAAAGGCUAUUUCAUAGAAUCCAGCGCCAUAUCAUAUCAUUGUCAACGUUUAACGAUCAACCAUCAACCAUCACCGGUCAAUUUAUCAAUUAAUCAACAAAAUAGUCUGGAGUAUAACCUGGGAGCAGUGGUGCGGUCAAGGAGUAUCCGGAGAUCGCUGUGAUUGGAUUACACCUGUGAUUGGCGAGCGAAUAACAGUUACCAUUUCUUUGGAAAAGCGAAAAGCUCCAUCAACCCGAGGGUCUGUCGAAUAACCUACCCAGCCAACCAGCCAAUUCCAAAAAGGGUACUUACUACAUACAUACAUACGUACAUUUGUAUCGGAGAUUAUUUCGACAACACAAAACACAAGCAACCACACACACUCGUAAUGUUUUGUGGAUUGCGCCUCGACCAAUCUUUAUGAUGGGACGAAUUUGAUUACUGUAUUACUGUACAACAAUAAUUUCUUCUUUCACGUUCCCUUCGCCUGCGAAUUUCAUUUCGAUACCAUGUCUGGAAGGCCAGCACAAGUUGGAAUUGAACGAUUACCCGCACGACGUAUGAGCAACGAACCACGAGAAUCAAUGAAUUGUAAAUCCUGUAGAAAGAGGAAGGUUAGCUCUACUUUAUUAUUUUCCGCAUAAUUCUAUCAAAAUACUAAAAGUCUCUCCAGAUAAAGUGCAAUCGGUUGCGACCGACUUGCGAAGCUUGUCAAGUCUUCCAAUGCCCUUGUAUUUAUGGUGGGGUUUAUCAUUCCGUAAACUUGAAUCACUUGGCCCUAAUUUCUUCUCAAUAGAUGCUGUCCCCAAAAAGCGUGGACCUAAAACGGAUGUAUUGGAAGCUUUAUUGAAGAGAGUCGAUGGACUGGAAAGAAAGUUGAGAGAUGAGAAAAAAUCCAACUCUCCAAACAAUGAUGGAAGUGGUUCUGGUGGGGGGGAAGAGGAAAGUCCGAAGGAUGAUGUAAAGCAAAGACGUCCUCAUCUAGAAACACCCACCUCGAACGUUGCUGAUGAAUCAGCUGUAUACUCUCCAUCAUCGAUAAGGUAUGUAGCUUAUAUCCUUAUCUACAACUUCCUUUUAAAUUGACACAUCCCCAGUGCACCUUCACCAUCAGUUCAGCAAGAUGUCCUUUUGGAUACCUACUUUGUUCGAUGUCAUGGCAAAUCUUACCAUAUACUUGACGAGACUUCUAUCAGACAACGAAUUCAGGCGAAUGAAAUCCCAACAUAUUUACUUUACGCAAUUUAUGCUGUUAGUGCAAGGUGUGUUGGAAAUAUCGGUAUAGAUAUUCAAAUUGCUAACUAUUCUCAAGAUAUACUUCUCAUCCAAAUGGCUAUUUUGCUGCAGUGAGAUUAAGUGAAGAUUAUGCCCAUCGAGCAAGAGCAGAUGUAGACAUUGAUGAACCCUCCAUCGAUACUUUGCAAGCUCUCCUACUUCUCGCUAUCUCGUAUACUGCAUCUGGAAGAGGAAAAAAGGCAUAUAUGAUGUUCGGUACGUGCCUCUGACCUUUCUAAGCAAUGGACACUUCGCUGACCAUAAAUAGCAAAUGCUAUUGGAAUGGCUGUUGCGCUAGAGCUCCACCGUGAGCUGGAUCAAACGUUACGAAUUAGUCCUGUGGAGAGAGAAUUACGACGAAGACUAUUCUGGACUUGUUAUUUGAUGGAUAGAUUUACAGCAUGCGGAUCAAAGCGACCUUCGUUAAUUGGUGAUAAAUCAAUUUUGUUACGAUUACCCUCAUGGUCACCUAAUUCAGCCACUCUUCCCGUCCAAGGGGAGUUCUUCCAAAGUGGAUCAAACCUUCAUUUCGGCAGCGGAAAGAGGAGUCAAGGAAGCAGUGGAAUGCUCAUAGAUAUUGGGAGGAUAUUAGGAAUUACUAAUCGCUAUCUUGCUGCUGGCGGUGUAAAAGGCAGGUUUUGCAAUAAUCACCCAAGUUCAUCAACUAUUCAUUAUAUGAAUACUAAUUGUCGUGUUGUGAAAACAGGCGACUCCCACUUCCCAUGGCAUUCAUUAUCGAACCUUUCAAAGAUUCGCCAAGACUUGGAUAUAUGGGCUGGUGGCACUCAGGAUGUCUUUACAUCUGUCGAUACACUUUUUGGGCAACCGGAUAGCACGACUCUUGUCCUUAGUAAACUUAUUUAUCAUCUAAUACAUUGCCUAAUAUACCGACCUUUCCUUCCUAUCGACCUUGCCGAGCUAGCUGGAACCGGGCAACAUCAAUCUUGGCAAAUUGAAGCCACAAAUCUUUGUUUCCUCCACGCAAACGCGAUUGCGGAACUGGUUGAGCUUGGAAAACAAUCCGCAUCCAUAGAAUGGCCGGACUUUGUCGGAUAUUGUAUUUGUACGGCCGCCACCGUUCAUGUUCACGGAACUCACUACAAAGGGGCGCGCGAAGGCGAAGUCUUUUCCGCUUCAGCUGAUUUUCUUUCCCGAGAAAUGCAACAACUUUCUGAGCUUCGAUAUGCAUGGUCCUCUGUUCAGCAUCAACGAGAAACCCUACAAACGAUAUAUGGUUGUCAUUCUGAGUUAGUGAAGAGUCUUGGAAGUAAUCCAAUGCGCUUUAGUCCAGUAUUCCAUCUGGAAGACUUUUUUGAUAGGUAUAGUGACUUGGGCCAAUACUUUGAUGGGGCACACAUUAGUUUUUCGGAUGUAGUGGCGCCUAGCCCUGAAGCAUUUCAAGGGCAUGACCUUUAUGCGCCGACUCGAGCAAAUAGGAAUGGUUCCAUGAGUAGGAGAGCAGGCUCUAAUGGUUCAAAUGAUUCGGGUGCCGUUGCCGCAAAACGCAAAUCUCCGUCAUCCGCACGAAAACGUGCUCUGACUAAUAGUCUGAAAGACAGACCUUUGAUGUCGCCGAAUGGUCCAAAUAGAAGAACGGUUGAGCAGUUGCCUCUACCACAAAACGGCUUACUUGGUCAUGAUACCCCAUCUUAUCCCAACGAAAGUUCGAUUCCCACACUUUCACAAAUCCCCUUUUCGCCACCGAACCAAAAUCAACCACAAUCAUACAAUUUUUCACCAUCUCUUUCCUUGAAUCACGGCCAAGAAUCAAAUUUUGAACCAAUGUUUGGAAUGCCACAUCUAGGGAGUGGCGGAAACUUUUCGUUUGGAGGAAUGGGCGGAACAAAUGGGGGUAUGAUGGGAGAGGAAGGUAUGACACCAGGAGGAAGGUCAAACAAUGGAAGUACGGGAACAAGUGGCGAAGAGAAAGACCCUUUCCUUACGUUGCUAGAACAGCUUGCGGAAAAUGAACAACAGAGAGGCGGCCCAAGUGACCUAGACUUCUUUUUGGGUGGCGGCCAAGGUUGAAAAAGUAAACUUGGUACAUACAUAAGUACAAGGACAGUUUCUCUAAGACGAACGGAAUAUGUUCAUAUGGCGAACAAAUUGAUACUCUGUCAAAUUCCUUCGAAUUUCCUCUUCCGAUAUCGAAGUGGGUGACACAGAAUCAUCAAGAGUGUGGAAGAAAGGAGGAAAAUGAAUUUACACAGACAAGGAAGAGACAAAAUAAAGGACUACAAGAUAUUUACGGCGGUGGUGAAAAAAGACCGGCGAAGGAAAUCAAAGGAUGGACUGGCUUUCAAGGGGAUUGCAUCGCGAAUGUGCAUACAGAAGUUGGAGCCGGGAUAGAUUACGUACGGAUAGGCACAGUACGAUUGGGGACAUGAAAAAAUAAAAUAUAGGUACAAUAGGGGAAAGGACGGGGAGUUUUCGGAUUCACGUUAAAUUAUGAGGAGGUCUAACGAUGGGAGUUUUUGUGAUUACUGAGCGAUAGGAGAGUCCAUGAUCGCCACCUACUAAAGGUGUAGAAGCGACGUUUAAUGUAUAUAUUGCUGCUCGACGAGCAUCGGCUUUGUCCUUUUGUGGCGUUCUGACUUCGAGAGGCUGUACUAUCACCCUUCGCCGAACGCACCGAAAACAAGGUUACUGUCGUCCCUAAUCAGGUACACAGCUUCAAUCAUUGAGUUCACCCAGGGGAACACAUGGCAGGAUUGUAAAAUUCGAAUCUAUCCACUGUCAUCUUCAGUUAUUACAUGAGAUAUCGAGCCCGUGUCACUCUACCACAUCCAGCAGUCAG